AUGAGCGAAGGACUCCUUCAAAACGAAGCAGCGCAGGGAUCGCAAGGAGCGCAAGCUCAGACUCAGUCAAUGAGAGAGGGAAGAAUGUUUAGUUUUCUUCCCAGUAUCUUUCGAAACCAAGCAGCGCAAGGAUCGCAAGGAGCGCAAGCUCAGACUCAGUCAAUGAGAGAGGGAAGAAUGUUUGCUUUUCUAAUCCCACUUGUGGAGGUUAUUAAGAUGAUCGUUGCUUCCGUGGCCUCCGUAGUCUUCUUAGGCUUCGCCGCUAUAACACUCGCCGGUUCAGCCGUGGCAUUCGCCGUAUCUACACCGCUUUUCAUCAUAUUCAGUCCGAUUCUCGUACCCGCCACUGUAGCCACUACUCUCCUAGCCACUGGACUUGGCGCUGGUGCCAGCCUUGGAGCGACGGCCUUGGGUCUCAUCAUAUGGCUCAUUAAGCAUAGGAUGGGAGUAAAGCCCAAGAAUAAUCCACCUCCGUCAGGAGCUCCGCCAACUGGAGCAGGGGGAGGAGGAGGAGGAGGAGGAGGAGCUUCGGCAUCUGGGGCAGGAGGAGCUCCGCCAACCCUGUCUCUAAUCAAAGUGCCAGAAUUUAUAAAGAAAUUUAACCCAUUUGGAAGUAAAUCCAAAGGUGAAGGAGGUGGAUCCAUGGGAGAAGGAGGUGGAUCCAUGGGAGAAGGUAAAUCCGGGGGUAGAGGUAAACGUAGGGGUAAAGAUAAAUCCCAGGGUGGAGGUUCAUCCACGGGUGAAGGUAAACGUGAAAGAAAAAGUAAACGUGGUAAGAAAAGUAAAUCCAGGGGUGGAGGUUCAUCCGAUGAAGGUGGAGAUUCAUCCCAUGGGGGAGGCUCAUCCAUGAGCGGGGGUGGAGGUGGAGGUUCAUCCACGGGUGAAGGUAAACGUGAAAAGAAAUUUCGUAGACGUAGUAAGAAAAGUAAAUCCAGGGGUGGAGGUUCAUCGGAUGAAGGUGGAGAUUCAUCCCACGGGGGAGGCUCCAUGAGCGGAGGUGGAGGUUCAAGCGGAGGUGGAGGUUCACCCAUGGGCGGAGGCGGAAGUUCAUCCCACGGCGGAAGUUCACCUCUAGGUGGAAGUUCAUCCGAAGGUGGAAGUUCACCGAGGGGUGGACGUAAAAGCAGGGGCGGAGGUCGUGGAGGUAGAUUCAUGGAGUAA